AUGGGUUCUCGACCCGAAUUGCAGUUCCUUUUUUGCAAGAAUAAGGUGGUUUGUCGUGGCCAAGGAGCGGUUUUCGUUGAAGCAACUGCUGAUUUUACGGUUUCCGAUUUCGAGAAGGCCCCACGUUAUGUUACGGAGUGGCGGAGGUUUUUGGCGUUGGAGGUGGCGGACGUGUUGCAGGCGGCUCCGCCGCUGGUAGUCCAGCUCACGUGGCUCUCCGAUGGUGCCGCGGCACUCGGUUUCGGGUUUAGUCAUUGUAUCUGCGACGGAAUUGGUAGUGUCGAGUUUCUCAACCUGUUCGCUCAGUUGGCCACCGGCCGCCGGAAUGGAUCAUCGGCGGAUUUUAAACCAAAACCCGUUUGGCAAAGACACCUUCUCGAUAAAACGCCUUUCACUUUCAGACAACCAACCCAAUUAUUACACCCCGAGUUCAACCGAGUUACUGACCAUUGCAAGUUUAUGAGUCGGUUCACUCCCGACAAACUCACUCCCACCUCGGUUACGUUUGACGAGUGGAGACUAAACGAGUUGAAGCAUUCCAUAAACCCGACGAGUCAACUCAGUUUGCUCUGCACGACCUUCGAGGUGUUGUCUGCCUAUAUUUGGAAAAGCUGGGCCACAGCAUUGGACUUCCCACCACAGCAAAACCUAAAGUUGCUUUUCAGUGUCGACAUACGCCACCGAGUCAAACCGAGCCUACCCACCGGAUUCUAUGGUAACGGCAUCGUACUCGGCUGUGCUCAGACAACAGCAAGAAACUUAACAGAGAAGGGAUUAGCCUACGCCACCGAGUUAAUAAAGGAAGCAAAAAACCGAGUCGACAACAACUACGUAAAAGAAGUGGUGGAAUCAGUAAGUCUAAACGGAGCAAGUUGUGUCCCCGACCCGGUUGGCGUACUUGUUUUAUCGCAGUGGUCAAGGCUGGGUUUAGAGAUGGUUGACUUUGGAAUGGGGAGGCCGGUUCAUCUGGCGCCGGUUUGUACGGAUAGGUACUGUAUAUUGCUACCUGUAGACGAUCACAGCCGUUCAGUGAAGGUCAUGCUUGCUGUACCCACCAUAGCCGUUGACAAAUAUCUUGAUCUGCUCUCAGACGUCUGA